UUCCUUUCUUAAUAUAACCAACUGACAUUCCGAUCAAUUAAGGCCAUCUCUCUCUCCACCACUUCCUUUCUUUGGUAAUCUGUCUGCUAAUAUUUUCUUCCUUUUUUGUUUUCUUUUUCUUGUUUUCACACUAACCAACAUAGUGCCAUGGAGUGGUAAAAUUCUAAAAUCAACAAAAUCCAAACCUCUCAUAUCAUUGAAUGAUGAAAAUGAAGAGGAAGAAGAUAACUAUAAAGAAAAUCGACGACAAAACGGCGAGGCAGGUAACAUUUUCUAAGAGAAGGAAAGGGCUAUUCAAGAAAGCUGAAGAGCUUUCAGUGCUAUGUGAUGCUGAGGUUGGACUCAUUGUUUUCUCAUCUACUGGGAAGCUCUUUGAUUAUUGCAGCACCAGUAUGAAGGACACAAUUACAAGGUAUAAUGCGCAGGACCAUGGCAUCAACAAAUUGAACACACCAUCUCAAGAAUUACAGCUAGAGGCUAGCAACCGGAUCAAAUUGGACAAGGAAAUUGCAGAUAGAACCCAACAACUAAAGCAGAUGAAAGGUGAUGAUAUUGAAGCACUAAAUCUAAAUGAGUUGCAGCUGCUGGAGAAAACACUUCAUAUAGGAUUUAACCGCGUGAUUGAGACAAAGGAAAAGCGGAUUAUGAGUGAGAUUUCUGAUCUUCAGAAAAUGGAAACGGUGUUGAAAGAAGAAAACAAGCUCUUAAAGCACAAGGUGAGAAAUAAAGUUGAAGUAAGACAAAUGAUAUCCAUGAUGAGCAAAACACGUUGUCCUUCUCUAAUAGACUCAAAAAUUGGAAUACAAGAAGAACGGGUUUCAUUGGAUUCUAUUAGUUGUGCCAGUGACCCUCUUUUUGAGGACGAUUACUCAGACACAUCUCUUAAGUUAGGGUUACCCUUCUCUAACCGAAGAUGUUAAUAUAUACAAUCAUGAUUUUAUUGGACUCACAAUAUUUGUCAUUAUAUUGACACAUACAUAUAGGACCAAUGAAAUCAGAAGGUAAUAACUGAUUUGGUGUAAAAGAUAUUGUAAUGUUAAUCUCAAUUAUCUCUUUCAUGUAAUGCUAAAAGCUUGGUUGCAUGUGUUUCUUGGUAUCGUUUGCAUAUAUUUGUUGAAUGUAACGUAAUUUGUACAAACUCAUGAAUUGUAUACGUAAUUUCGUAUGCUAUUAUAACAAUUUGAUUUUGUCUA